AUGACCACCACUUUCAUCGAAUUCCCCGAUGCUUUCAAGCUCCUCAAAGAAGCAUUGGACGCUGCUUUGCCCGAUGUCGCCAUCAGUGGUUCGGAGAUUGCCCUUCGCUUGAUUAACGAAGCCGAGACGGAGACCCGUGGUUCCACCGCUAAAAAGCAUACCGCUAUCGACAUCUCAGAUGACGAGGAGCCUGACGAGACCCCUACCAAGCGAGCCCGCCGAAUUCUGUUCAAGGACGAAAUCGCCGCCCGCGCCGCGUCCGCGAACGCUCGCGCGUCGUCCUCCGCCGCGAAGACUUCGACCAACACCGGCAUUAUCUUCGCCGCCUCCCAGAGCAAGAUCGACCGCCUGACGAUCGACAGGACUUACUACAAGUACCUUUCAGAGAAGAUGCACUCGAUUUUGCCAGAGGUCGGUCCGUUUGAAGUCAUCAAUUGGGGCUCUGGCCUCCGUGCCUUCAUUUACGAGAAUGAGGGAUUCAUCGAUGUCCCACGCGUUGUCGCCGUGAUCCGGGCUAUUGUCGGCGCGUUGAUCGAGAACGACGAACCCAUUUGCUAG